CAGUCGCAGUGUGCCCACCCACCAAGAUGGCUCCUUUACGGGGCAAUAGUCGAAGUUUGACGUGAAGUUAUUUACACGCCUGGAAUUUAACACUGUCCAGAAAAGUGUUAGAUAUUUUUUGGUGCAGCGUGUAUGCAGAAAAAGAAGUCAAGAUAGUAGACGCACGGUAAAAAGCGGUGAAGAUUUUAUCGGAUUUUAGAAAAGUUUCAACGAGACGGCCGGUCGGCUCGUGAGAUCGCUCAACGAAGGAAUAUAUGUAUCUGUAUGUCUUUCAUGCGGGUAUAGCACAUCAAUUUUAAGAUAUAUGUCAUCGAUCCUAUUACAUACUAUACUUUUUACAAGAUAAUCUUCCUGAAAUUGUAUUGAAGUUGGAACAUACUGUAUUUCAUACGUAUAAUUUUUGAAGUCUUGAGAUAUGUAUAUUAUCAAGAAAUGAAUAUAUGGCAUUAUUACUGGCAAAUUUGGAAUAAGAACACUGUGUUGAUAAAGCACAAAUGAAAUUUUGGCAAAUGUUAGUUAAACAUAUAUGCUUAUACAAAUUUUUGGAUACUACAUCUGAAAUUGCAUUGUUGUGAUGACAUAUAAGUACCAAGUGCGAAAAAACAAAUUAAAGUAAUAGAAUAUAUUAAUGAAGAUGUUACCUAAGGGAAGUUUUUCUGAUUUUCAUACAUGCUUGUAGAUUUAAUAUUAUGAUCAAAAAUAUGCGAACAAAUUCCUAAUAAAUAUAAGCAAUUAUAAUAUCGUUUACUUUUAAACAUACAUAAAUAUGUCUUGAGUAACAUUACUUGAGAAAAACAAAUUUAUUUUCAAAUUUGAAAAUUGCAUAAGUGUUAUAACUGUACAUUAUUCCAAAAAUGGCAAGGAAAAGCGAUAAUGUCAAGGCUAUAAAUAUUGCGAUUGUUGGACUUUCUGGCACUGAGAAAGAUAAAGGACAAGUUGGAGUUGGCAAGUCUUGCUUGUGUAAUCGUUUUAUGCGUUCUCUCAGCGAUGAUUAUAAUGUGGACCAUAUUUCAGUAUUAUCACAGUCGGAUUUUAGUGGCAGAGUCGUGAAUAAUGAUCACUUUUUGUAUUGGGGCGAAGUAACAAAGACUGCUGAAGAUGGUACAGAGUACCAAUUUCAAGUGAUAGAACAUACAGAGUUUAUAGAUGAUGCAUCCUUUCAACCUUUUAAGGGUGGUAAGAUGGAACCUUAUGCAAAGAGAUGCGCAGCCACUAAAAUUACUAGUGCUGAAAAACUUAUGUACAUCUGCAAAAAUCAAUUGGGUAUUGAAAAAGAAUAUGAACAAAAAGUUUUACCAGAUGGUAAACUAAAUAUUGAUGGUUUCUUGUGUGUAUUCGAUGUAAGUGUUGUGCCUAACAGAUUAAUCGAGAAACAAGUUGAAAUAGUAGCUAACAUACUAAAUAAUUUAAUGAAAACAAAAAAGCCUAUAGUUCUGAUCACAACUAAAAAUGAUGAUGCAAAUGAACAAUAUGUCAAAGAAGCAGAAAAGUUAGUGAUGCGCAAAGAAUAUAAGGGAUCUAUACUAAUAGUGGAAACUUCUGCGCAUGAAAAUAUUAAUAUUGACCUGGCCUUUAUGAUUGUAGCACAGUUAAUUGAUAAAACUAAAACGCGCAGUAAAGUGAUUCCUUUUGCGGAGGCAGCUAGGGCUAGAAAAGAGUUAUUAGAUACAUCAACUGAAUCUUUGCAAAGAUUAAUUCGUAUACAUGUUACUGAUUAUCGUGCACUAUGGUCACAAGCAUCUAAAAAACUUGCACAACAUAAGGAAUUUUCAACUUUCAUAGAAUUAUUUGGAGUUGAUGCAACACAAAGAUUAUUUAGAAGACAUAUUAAAAAGCUAAAAGAUGAGCAGGUGGCAAAAAAAAUACAAGGAUACUUGGAUGUGUUACCAGAUAUUCUUCAUGAGAUAUGUCCCGAUAUAUCAAAUUUAAUGAAUGAGGAAUGGUCUGCAGUACAACAGUGUAUAAAAGAACAUCCUGACUUUCAUCGAUAUUUUUACGAGUGUCCCGAGGAUAUACCUUGGAUUGAUUAUGAUUUUGGAGAAAAUAAUAGCUCUAAAAUUCCUUAUGACGUUUUAGAAACACCAGAGGCUGAAACUGUUUUUAAAAAUCAUGUAAAUGCUUUACAGCAAGAACAACGUCGAUUAGAAUGGAAGAAACAGUUUAAGCAAUUAUUAGAAGAAACUGGUUAUGUUACACCUGGAAAACAAUUAUCUGAGGUUCGAGUACUAUUUAUGGGUAGAGAAUGUUUUGAAGCUCUUUCUCAUCAUGAUUGUCAGGAAAUAUAUGAUCAACAUCAAAAAGAAAUAAUUGAAAAAGCAAAACACAAUUUUCAAGAGUUAUUGUUAGAACAUGCUGAUUUAUUUUAUCACUUCAAGAGCAUAGCUCCUUCUGGAACCAUUACACAGGAUGAUAUAAAAGAAAUUACGGACGCUUUACUAGAUGAUUUUAGGUACAAAGCUUUAGACAGACUGGAUCAAGAUAGAAAGUUGAUGUUGUUCCAACACUUAGGAUUUGUUCAUUGUCCUAUAAGAGAACAUUGCCCAGCAUAUCCAAAUUGCAUGGAUGCACUAAUAGAAAGGAUACUUGGUACAAAAGCCCACAGACCUUCAUCUUGGAAUCAUAGUAGUCAAUGGCAAUUAACAUCAGAUAACAAUCAACUGAAUCUGGUUAUACUUGGGUGUAAUGGUCUUGGUGAGGAAUUCGCUCGGGAAAUAAGAGCGCAAACAGAUGAUGAUGAAGUAGAAAUUGAUUGCCAAUUAUACACUUUGGGAUAUAGGAUUAUUGAUGGUGAUGUAGGAUUACCACACAAUUCUUUUACCACCUCAGAUUUCAUGCCACAUGGAUCAUUUUGUAUAUAUUCAAAUGAGGAUUCGUUCGAGUACAUUCGUUCGUCAUUAGAGAAAACAUUACUUUCAAAUUUAGAACAAGAAGAUAGAUUACCGUUUCAAGGAUUACCUAUUGUUAUUAUGUUUUUACCAGAAUCAAGUAUUGAUGAUAUGGAAGCAAUACGACUCAGGGAAGAAGGACAAAAUCUUGCUGAUAGUUUGCAGUGUCCUUUUAUUGAUGUUUGCAUAGAUGAUUUAGAACAAGAUAAAAGAUUCCCAACGCCUUUGGUGAAAGAUGCUCUGCAGCAACUUAUACAAUCUAUAAAUCAUCGAGCUGGAUUUUUGAAUAUUUACCAAAGUGUUAUAGAGUGUUUAGAACCAGAUAUUAGAAUAAUAAUGUGUAUGUUCUGCGGAGAUCCAUAUUCAGUGGAAAAUGUUCUUGGACCUUUACUCAGUCAUCAGUGUUGUUUUCUCAGUGGAGAUAGAUCUAUUGUAUUGGAAACAUUUUUAGGGGAAUCCAAACGCAGAGUUGAAGUUAUUAUUUCGAGUUUUCAUGGAGCAAAUGCAUUUAGAGACGAACUUGUACAUGGUUUCAUAUUGGUUUAUUCAACAAAGAGAAAAGCAUCUCUUGCAACUCUUAAUGCAUUUUCUAUGAAUAUACCCAAUUUACCAAUACAAAUUAUGGCUGUGACUGAUACUGGAGGUGCCAAUGCUUUCUUUAGUAAUGAUUUGAGUCAUUUGCUUAUCACAGAAGGAAACGCAACCGCAGAUAGAUUACAAGCACACUUUAUGACAUCUGCAUCAAGUUGUCAACAAAAAACUGCUUUUUAUACGCCAUUUUUUAAAGAGGUGUGGGAGAAAAAACCAGAAAUUGAGCAAGCAUUCAAUAUGGAGGAACCUGGUAAUUUAAAUGAUAGUGGUGAGGGUACAUUAGAAUACUCUGCUCUACAUCCAAUGCCACCACCACGACAUGAAAGCUAUCAUCUUCAAACGCCAGAUGAUGGUAUGUCUGUAACUUUCAGAAGUGGCUCAGAGUCGUAUGAACAAUUAACGCCGGAUGGUGAUCUUGGAGACCCGGGAUUGACUGAACAAUUUGCUGAUAACAGAGCUAGUCCAAGUGAUGAUAGUGAUAUAUACAGUCAAGUCGAUUUUUAUCGAGAAGAAAGAGAAAGAGAGAUGUUAAAAUCUGGAGAUAUUACUAACAAAUUAUCUGGUUGGGUUAAAGAAACAUUCAUGCAUCAAGAUGGAGUAACAAAUAGCUAUCCUCAUAGAGCUUUUACAACAGGUAGACGUCAUAUUUCGCAAGCGAAACCACGGCCAAAGGGAAAUAGUCAAACACUGAAGCAACCUGGAAAAAUUAAUUUAAAAGAUUUUUCCAAUGUAACAGACGCUAUAGCUAGAAUGACAAUAGGUGAAAAAGACGAGCAUGGUCCUAAAGUAGGUCUGGGCCAUGCUCCUCUUGCUACACCUGAAUUGGUAGAUCUCGGAUCGGAAUAUGCACAGGUGAAAGACGUUGUUCCUAGUUUAUAUUCUGCUUACGACGGCGACUAUAUGUAUGCGUUAGUGCAAGAUUCUGUUGGAAACAACAAAUCUAAAUUACGACAUAGACGUGAAAAAGGACAGCCAUCUUACAGUGAUUCUGAUUCAGAGUGGAGUUCUUUGGAAAGACAAAAAAUAGUGGAUGCUUUAGGAAAAGUAAAUAAGAAACCGUUAACGCAUAAAAGGAUACGUAAGAAACGCAUUGCCAUACCAGUUGCAACUCCAAAAGUGCCAUCAUUGGCAAGUAUGGGAAGUGGAGAUGGUAUUGUAGGAAUGAAUUAUAAUCUCAAAGAUGAUAAAAAUUGGAGAAUCGAUCCCGCAGAAAGAGUAUCUAGUGAAACUACAGAUACUUGUGAAUCAAGUGAUCCAGAACAAAUGUCAAGGGCCAGAUCAAAGCAAUAUAAGCAUGCAGCAGCUAGUCUACGCAAAAGAUGUGGUAAUUCAUUACAGCAACAGCAUUUACCAGCAACAUUGCAACAUCCUUUUAAUAUUAAACAUAUGACUCAAGAUAUGUUUAGUGCUUCUUAUGAUGAAUCGAGCCUAGAUGUUUCAUCUCCGCGGGAAAUAAAUUCUCCUAGUUUUGGAAUACUCAAUAAAGGUAAAGAAGGUGACAAAUCAACACGAAAAAAAGAUAAACAAAAAGCAAAGGAAGAUGAGAAAUUAGAGAAACGUAGACAGAAGGAAGAAAAACUUAAGAAACACGCAGAGAAAGAAAAAGAAAGGGAAAAGAAAAAGCAAGAAAAAAUAAAGCAAACAAAAGGACCUAGUGGAACACCAAUUUCAGGUCAAAUACAACAACCGGUGAUAGAAGACUUCGCACAAAGCGAAACUAAUCGGAUACCGUUGUUUUUGGAGAAAUGUGUACGGUUUAUUGAAGACGAAGGAUUAGAUUCAGAAGGGAUAUAUAGAGUUCCUGGAAAUCGAGCGCACGUUGAACUUCUUUUUCAGAAGUUCGAAGAAGAUGGUAAUGUGGACAUACAUUCUUUGGAUAUUCCUGUAAAUGCAGUUGCAACAGCUUUAAAAGAUUUCUUUUCUAAGAGGUUACCACCACUCAUUGAUAAAGAGCGCAUGAACGAACUCGAAGACAUAUCGGGUGCACGUGGCAUCAGUAAACCAAUGUCAGCGACUUGCAUGAAUAUGGAAGAUCGUAGUUGCAGGCUGCUAGCUUUACGUUUGAUGCUUAAUAAAUUAAAUCCAGUAAACUUUGAUGUACUGAAAUUCAUAUUUCAACAUUUUGUCAAAGUGGCAGAAAAUUGCAAAUUAAAUAGUAUGGACAGCAAAAAUUUGGCCAUCUGCUGGUGGCCCACAUUAUUACCAAUAGAAUUUAAUGAUCUUGGCAGAUUUGAAGCCAUGAGGCCAUAUUUAGAAGACGUUGUGCAAACGAUGAUUGAUCAAUACCCAUUUCUUUUCUGUGGAGAAGAGGCUAUCGUAAUGGUGUAGUGCAAAAUGUUAUUGCAGGAAUUUUUGGUUGUGUAAACAAAACCGAAUCUAUUUAAAAAGUAAUAUUAUAGUUCUCCUCAGAACUUGUUGCUUCUAAAAGCGUCUGAUGCAUGCUAACAUGUUAUCAGUGACAAUUACAAUAAUCAAGAAUGAUUGGUCUCAUUAUAGUUUAUUAUAUUUGUUUUGAUGUAGUACAUAUAUAAUAUGAUUAAUUUAAGUAUGCGACGUAAAAGACCGAAUUUAUUUAAAUCUUGAUUUAUAUUGUUUAAAACAUAUGAGCGGAAUGAUCGAACGAUCCUAAGAUGGCUGUUUAUGCAUCGGUUAAUAAUGCAAGUAACUAUGUCAAUCCAAGUGUCAUAACAGUAUGCAUGUAUCAUGUUGGAUGUAUCCAGAACGAUGUAUUUAUUACUACGUAUUAGAUAUAAGACUUGAUAUUUGAUAAUAUCAAAUAAUUGUAAUGUCAAAAUUGAUGUUGCUUUUUCAUGUAGUUUAAGUAUCAUAUUGAAUUAUUUUACUAAUUUCAUAGGAAAAAAGAAACUGGUAAUCGUCGAAAGGGAAGUGGGGGACGCGUCUUUAUUAGACAAAAUAAUUGUAUGAUCCUUACGCGCAUUAUUUAUUUUGAUCUGACUUUUUUGCCCAUAAUGGUAUCAAGUGCAACGUUUCAGUGUAACGUUAUUUCGAUUGUAUUCUAAAAUUAAUUUUACUUCGCUUUAUAAAGAUUACUUUUCAAAUGGUAUUUCCAACCGCAUAAAUUUGAUUUCAAGUAGCGUUCAAUAAGCUGUAUGGUGAUAUAAUCCAUAUAUCUAUUCCGUCUAAUCGAAAACGAAAUAUUACAUGAAAUUACGGAAUUUAUAAAUAAGCAGUAAUAAUGUCAUACAGAGAGCAUUAAAUUGUUAACAGUAUACUUAUACGAGGCAGACUUUGAAAAUUUAAAAAAUAGCAGAUAUAAUACAGCGGUGUUCUUCAAUAGAUUUAAAGUUAUCUAGGUAACUAUUCGAUUUCUUUGAACAGAAGUGUAUAUAGAAAUAUACUAAUGUAAGAUAUUAAAUUACGAACAACCAAGGCGGACUAUAGAAAAAUAAUUUUAAAAAGGAAGAUAGGUCGAAUAAUAGACUUAAUUUUGUUUAUUAAGAAUUAUGUUUUGUGCCAGUAGCUAAUGAAACUUCAAUCUCUUAAAUAUGUACUUACGUAUUUGACAAAGUGCUGGUCAAUAUGUACCAACAUAAGGAACACAAGAAAUAAUUAUUAAUUGAUUCGCUCAUUCUGAUAAUUUUAUAAUAUUGUCAGAAUCAAUAUCUGUCGGAAUUGUUUUUUUUUGUUUUUAUGCUUUUUUGUUGCUACAAAUGUGCCAUAAAUAAAUCCGUACGUUAGGAUUUUAAUAAUCAUAUCUUUUUGGCGAUAUACAUUUCGAAGUUGCACAUCGUUUAAGUGUAUAUGAAAGCGAACGAAAAGAAUGAAAUACCGUUAAAAUUAGGGUUUAAGCUCAUUGAAUGCCAACAUUAGCACAAUUUUUCUAAUUCAAAAUAUAUAAAAAAAGUUUGCAUAAAGAGCGUCGGAGGAGGUCAUUGUUAAUUUUGAAUUCGUAGACGUGAAUUUGUAGCACGGCCGCGAUAUUAAAAGACACGUUAAAUCUUUUUUGCAAGACGAAAUCUCGAACACGGCCGUUUGCUUCAAAUAUACGCCUGUCGAACGCAUCGUCGCAUUUAUAAAAGAACAUUGUUAAUGAUAAUUCUAUAAAUGUGUGUGCGUGUAUGUCUCGCAAGCACACCUAAUAAACAGCGAAUCGUACUUACAUUCCCAUUUAGUAGUAAUCAAAUUUUAUACAUUCGUAUGUACGUAAUUAUAUAACGUUGUGAUAGGAAGCAAGGUGUAGUUGGUACGCACGAGAUCAAAAAAAGCAUGGUUAAAAAUCCAUAAGUGGUCACUGCAUAUCGCAAGUAAUAAGAUAAUAUUGAAAAGUAAUCAUCCAUCUUAGCGAUCAUUAACGUUUUAAAGAGAUUUGGCGAAUACUCGUUUAUACUCAUCAAAAUUAGUUCUCGAUGCGUGUUCCGCCAUCAUCUUGUCUUCUGACUGAAGCAAACUCACUUUUCUACGAUAAUGUCCGUUUAGGAUUCUGCUUUAAUAAAUCUCGCAAACUGGACGUUCAAUCUCGACGCGUACGGACUGUGGGAUAUAAGCGUAUUCCCAUUAAAAGUAAAUGUUAAACUGUCGUUGCCUGUGAUAACAUGGAAACGAACGAAUAAAGAUCAUCAUUUUUAAUUUAUAGAGUGGACUGAUGAUGUGCGAAUGUAUUAUAAUUGUACAGUUGCGCCGAACGUCGAAACUUAAAUAAAAAAAGCGUUUGCGUCCACUUUUUCUCUUGGAUUUCGAUCUUUCGACGAUCUGUUUCUUCUUCUUUUACUUUUUUCUUCUUCUAAUCACGAAUACAAAAUAAUAAUAAUAAUAAUAAUAAUAAUAAUAAUAAUAAUUAUUAUUAUCAUCUUUUUGCGGGAAUCGUUUUUUUAGUGCACGCAAAGCGGUUUUCUUACGGUAAGGAGAUGCGAUUCUUUUUUCAUCUCCGAUCUAUCGACGACUGCGCUUUGCGAUGCCGUAUGUCGGCCUAAAGCGUAUACUUUAAUCGCUUUUUGCAAACGAUCUGAUUUAUUAUUCAAGUUAGAUUGCAAUUAGACGUAUGGAGUAUAUAUAAUGUGAACGAAACGAGUCUACGAUCACAACGAGCAUCAUGCAAAUCGUAGUUGCAUUUGAUCGCCAAUUUAGAUAUGUCGCACUGUUUCAAGUCUUGAACUUUUGAUGAGUAUGUUUUUCUUCUUUCCAGAAAAUUUGUGUAUUUAUAAAUGUCGUCGUUAUAAUAAAUUAUAACGAUUUUUGUAAAUAAUUCAUAUACAUACUAUAUAAAUAUAAUAUUAUACAUAACGUGUAAAUGGACGCAACCCUGUCCUCGUUGUAUCAAUAACUAUAUUAUUAUUGUAUAUGAACGAUGGGAAUCUCUGCCGAUUAAAAGUUUCCUAUACUAUAUGUUCCGCUUUGUCUAUCUGUAUGGGAUCAUUGACACAUAGUUUCAACAAUUCUUUGCCAAAUAGUUCCAUCCAAAAUAGGAAAAAAACGCGGAACGAUAAUUUACUUAAUAAAUUACUUUUUCGCAUGCAACUCCGUGUUGCGUCGUACCGUCAAUUUAAUGCUCGCGAGUUCGAACGGGCGUCGAAAGGAUGAUCGUUUUGCACUUUGGUUUUUAUUGUCAGGAGAUAUAUAUCAUGUAUAAUAAAAGGAAGACAGAAAGAGAAAAAAGAAAAAAGAAAAGAAAAAAAAAGCAAACACAUAAAGUAAGGCGGAAAACACGUUGUUACAAUUCUCGGACUCAUUCAUAAAGACAUAUAAUCGAAAUCGGUAAACGAUCGUAUGUGGUUGAUACAUAAAAAAUUUAAGCGUAUUAUAUAUAGCGUUAGUAGACGUAGGUAUAGGAUUUCUAAUUUGCGCGAAGUUAUGAAAUUUUAUACUGACGACGCUGCUGAAACUUCGAUAUGUCUUAAGUAUAAUAUUUAGCGAAUGAUUGAAACGCAAUCACUUUUUAAAGUCGUACUAUAUAAGUUAACAAGAAACAAUACGAACAAAGAAUGGAAAACUGUGUGAUUAGUGUGCUUGCGAAUGAGUUACAUGAAUAUAAUGUGGAUGUAGAUGUACGAAAAAAAAAAGGAAAUGAAGAGGUUGCGUGGUCUCGGAUGUUAAUUGUCAAGUUUAUAUUAACGCAAAAAGUUAAUAUAAAUAUUUUAUCAUAUCGUCUUUCGUUUCCACCGAUUAUAAAUCUUUAUUUUAUGAAAUGGUAAAACGGUCGAAUUUCUCGAAUAACAUUUACAUAGAAAUAUUUGUUAAAAUUUACACUCCGCACCGCUUUACCUUCUGACGAACACAUUUUUCGAUCUUCAUGAAACAUACAAAAAACACAGCGACGUUGGCAAAUAUUUCUAUACUUUAUAAUGAAACAACGAUCGCAAUCGUUUCGCAUGAGGCUGCGAAAGAAUCGAUCGAAGGCUCGAAAAGAAAAGGAUCUUACCAACGUGUGAACGAAGUUAUACGUGUAUGCAUAUGUAUAUACAUCCAACAUGCUAAAUAUUAUAGACAGUCAAGUUUUUUCUUUUCUUUUUAUUAUUUUCAUUUUUUUUUAUUUAUUUAUUUCAUUAAUGCAAGUAUUAUAAAUUAACGAUCGUGGAUCAUACAUCCUCUAAACGAGAAGAACGGCGAAUUAAUUAAAAUCUUUAUUACGAUAUAAGGAACGAUAUUUCUCGAUUUUGUGCCGCGAUGGUAUGCGAAGAUAUACAUAUAUCAAAUAUAUAUAAUAGAGGACGCGUUGCAACGAAGAUCGAUCGACGAAAGAUGCAGCGACCGGUUCAGUGAGCAGAAAUAAGCAGUCGUAUCCGUUUGAAUGGUCAAUUUACUCGAAGAUGCACAAACUACGAAAAGCUAUAUAGUCUUGUAAGAUGGCGAACGAACGAUGUAUCUGGAUGUGGCAUGUAAUUUAGUAAUCCACGAGUACUCGUAAUCGAUAAUUGUAAUGACGCUUUUUAAUGUGUAUAUAAUUGUUGCUUACGCUAUAACGAUUGUCAUUCAUAAUCGACGGCUGACACGAAUUAUUGGCGUUAAUGACGCUAUUUACGAAACGAAAAAGAAAGGGAAGAAAGAAGUCGAGGUUGGAAAGAAAAAGGAAGAGAAGAUCUAUGAGAAGAGAGUCUGAUCAUGAAGAAAGGGAAAAAACAGGAAGAAAACAAGUUUUUCGACGCGCUUUGAUCUACUGGUCGUACUGGCGUUACAUAUUGACUUUAUGAAUACAAAAAAAAUUGGGAAGAUUGAAAAAAAGAGAGUGAGGGCGGGACGGUGCGCUGCCGUUUUCGACGCUCGUACAUAUAACCGAUGUACAAAAUAAUUACAAUAUAAAGUGUCGAGCUUUACGAUAGAUUCGUGAUGUUUUUUAAUAGAAUAGGGACGAGGUGAAAUAUGUAUCGUUACAUCGUUCGCGAUCGUCGACGGACCAUUUUCUUUUGAUACUACGAAUUGUAAGAUGAUUAAUCGAAUUCAACAAGGACGGGAGGAACUUCGGGGGAAGAAGGUAUUUCGUAUAGAUCGUUAUUAAUAAAGUUUACCGUCCCUUUUUCUUUCGAUAAUCGGCCUACAUUUCCUCCGCUGUGCUGCCGUCAUCACGAUAUCGUCUUGCUCUUGCUCUUGCUCUUGCUCUUGCUCUCAUAGAUUGGAACAGGCAAAAACGGUUUUGACAUAAGUUUCAAGUUAAAUAAUAAUCGUGAGAAUCUUUCGUAGAGUUCGACGAGUAUUUAAUAUGUAUGAUCGACGCGUCGUGUCAUAUCCGUACACGAGGGGAGAAUGAAAGAAUCGAAUGCAUUACGACGUUUGCGAAGAAAAAAAUGAGAAGUAAGCUGAAAAUACCACAAAAAGUAUCGGUGUCCAAAAAGUAUUUAAAAAAAUAAAAAUCGUCUUUAUGUACAAUUUGAACAGUAAA